CACAUAUUAUUGUGUAACCUCUUCAUUCUGAAUAUAGACUGUGGUUUUGAGGUUGACGGUUGCGUGUCGGUUGCAGAAAUAUCGUCUGUUGGUAUUACUUCCACAUUUCGUUCCUUGAAGACGCCACUGAAGGCUUCUUUAGAGCCAGGUAGUAUAACCUUAGAAGGACCAGUCAAUUUGGUGAUUUCAUCCUCAUUUAUGGGAGAUUUUUCCUCAGCAUUUAGAAGGAUUGAUGAUUUUGUUGACGACGACGUGCCCGUAGGCUCAAAGCUGCGAGUUUCAGAUGGCGGUGCUUGUGAGUCGAUUACUGUCGAAUUUUCCAGCUGCUCCGCAAACAUCACAGUCUUUUUCUUUUUCGAUCUUUUCUUCUUUCUGUUUCUCUUCUUUUUCACAUUACCGUUUUCACUUUCGGCAGGAGCUCGAUCACCUCCACCGUCAUGUUCCACCAAUUCUUCUGUUUCGGAGGAGCUGAUGCUUUCGGAAACUAAUCUUUUCUCUUCCUUUGGUGGUGCCCGAUUGGCAAAUGAGCUGGAGGCUGUUGGUACAGCAUUGGGUCCCAAAUUCUGUGCGACAAAUCUACCAAUCGUUACGGGUUUGAAGUUUGUCCGUCCAUUCUCCGUUUCUGGUUGACUUAGAUCGUCCGAAUCCAACUCGGAUCUCUCAGCUUCUUCUUCUACACAGUUAUCUCCCUCGACAUCCCCUUCGACCCCGCCUUCUUCAGAAAUACGAUCACUAUUGGUGUCGUCACUGUUGAUCUCAUCAACCACUUUGAGGAGCUUCUGGAAGUCACCACGGAACACACCCACAGAGAGGCCAUCUUCUUCUACUGUUCUAUCGAUCACUUUAGCUUCAUAAAUCAUUUUCUCCUUUUCAGCCGGUUUGCCUGUUGACGCGAUAGCAGUGGAUUCCGAAGGAAGUGAAGCCUUCUCAGAUAUAUCAGGUAGCAGAUUCGAGGGCGAUUCUUUUGCGUAUACUUUUUCUUUAUAAAUCGUUGGGUAAAUUGUUCUUAUGGUCGGUAUCGUCGUCAUCGGCGUCACUGUUGAGUUCCCCAUUUCGUAGCUCUUGCUGCUCCAGUUCUUCUAGUCGUUUCAUCAUCUCGGCCUCAGCCUUAAUAUCAGCCACUGUCUUGGUAAUAGGUCGCUUAUCUGAUUUUCUGGAUUUACGUUUCUUCCUUAA